AUGGCGUGGCCAACACACAUCCAGGAUGACAACUUUCAAAGUUUAGAAACCGGGCAUUUCUGUUCUACCAUUGAUCUGGAGAAUUGGGAAACAGGUCUCUUCAAACAACCCCAAGGCCUAUAUACCUCCCCCUCACCCGAACCACCGACCACGAGAAGAUCAUCCACAGCUACUUCAUACAGCCAUACUUCGCAACUUCCCUCAACACCGGACUCUCUUGGAAGUGCAUUCUCUUCUGGCUUGGUUUACUCGGACCAAAUGAGUACCAAUGGGUGUGCAAAGGAGAAUGGUCUCGAGCUCUUUUUUACCCAACGCAAUGACGCUGUCAUUUCCCCUCCAAGCUCCCACGAGCUUGGGUAUACUAGCCCAUGGGCUAAUCUCGCAGCGGUUCCUCCCCAGAAGAGCUCAUCAGCUCAACCAGGUUGCCUUGAUGACCCUUGUAUUACUGCAUGCAAAACUCCCCGCGGUUCUCGUCAUAUGUCGAGCAAGAGCAAGAACGAUGCCGAUUAUGGCAACUUUAAAUGUGAAUGGAAAGGCUGCCGCUAUGACCGUAUGUUCUCGCGCAAAGGAGUUCUAAUGCGGCAUAUCGAGAUGCAGCAUGUCAAUCCACGAUCGUUCAAGUGCCCUUGGUGUAAUCAUGCUACAAGUCGACGCGAGAACAUGAAAGCGCAUAGACAAGCAAUUCACAAGGAAAGCUUGUGA